AUGGCUUCAUCAAAAUGUCCUAUUGAUAAUUGUAAACGUAAUUCUGAUACUUUUUGUGAUCAUUGUCAAGGAUAUAUCUGUACUAAACAUUAUAUUGAACAUAUUAAAGCAGAAAAUGUUAAACUUACUUUUGUUUCUGAUGAAUUAGAUUCAAUUGCUAAUUCAUUGAAUGAAUUUAGUAUGACUGAUUUUACUUUUGAACAAAUUGAACAAUGGCGAGAGAAAAGUCAUCGACGUAUUGAUGAAAUAUUUAUCGAGAAAACACAACAAAUGAAAGCUCAUAUUGGUCAAAAGAUUAUUAAUCAAAUAAAAGAACUACGGGAAUUAAGUUUACAAGUAAAAGAAUUAAUGGAUGAAGGUGAUGCUUCAUUUAAACAAAUCGAACAAAUUAAAAGAAGUAUCGAUGAACAUCGUCAACAAUGUGAACAAUUGAAAUCGUUUGAUUUUUUUCAAGUUAAUGUUAACGCAAUCAAUUUAGAAAUUACUUUUCUCGAUCAAAAGUUAUUUAUAGGUAAUGGUACGACAAACUUGGACAUUAAUUUACAAAGCAACACGAGAUGGAUUUCAACUGCUGAUUUUCAUCGAUGUUGUGCUAAUCUAAGUCCAACAAUAACAAUUAUUCAAUCACAGGAUAACGGUUAUUUAUUUGGUGGUUAUACAUCAAUGUCUUGGGCUCCAUUAAAAAAUUAUAUAAAUGAUCCAAAUCAUCCAUUUUUAUUUACUUUGACGAAUCCACAUGGAAUUCCUCCAACAAAAUAUUUUAACAAAAUGUCUACAUACGCCAUUUAUACUCAUAAAAGUUAUGGACCCACAUUUGGUGCUGGUCAUGAUAUAUAUAUUUGCAAUAAUAGUAAUAUAAACAAAAAUAGUUCGAUUAAUUUUCCUCAUUCAUAUUUUGAUACAACAAAUCAAGGCUCGAAUACUUUUACUGGAAAUAAAGCCUUUCGAACAAGAGAUAUUGAAGUCUAUCAAUUAGUACAAAUGUAA